AUGUCGAUUUUUGCUCGUUGGGAUGAAAGCAAUCCAGGUGAUACACAAAAAUCACUGAUAGCUCGACAAUUUCUUUCAACAUUUGAUCUUAAUAUUCGUUAUAUGACAAAUCGAACAAUUCAUAUACUCGAUUAUCCUGCUGGUGAAAAUGGUUUCAAUCAGUUAAAAGCUUCUUUUGAUGUUCUUUUAAAACAAGAAAAUAUUUCGCAUACUGAAAUGGUAUCAGCAAUUGAAAAUGAACCAGCUGCAACACUUGUGUUUCUAUUUUUAUCUGAUCCAAAAGAUUUAUCAGCAAAAGUUGACCAUUUAACUACUUAUACAACGUCAGUAUUUCCCACCAUAUGGAUUCUACUUCACGAGAAAUAUUGUCCACAUACAAAAGAAAAAAAUUCAUCAAUAUGGGAACCACUAACUAAUGCUCAAUAUUACGAAGUACGACCAACACUUAAAAUAAUGAAUGAAAAAUGGAUCGGAACAAAAUUUACUACCGGUGGCCAAGGUCUUUAUGAUAUGAUCGAUGAAACAGACAUUCAUAUGGCUUCACCACUUUAA